AUGAAGAAGGCUGAAUCUCUAGAUGUGACAAGAUUGGGGUGUUGCACAACCUCAACAGCCAACAUCAUGUGUGGAAGCUACUACGGAAACUCUUAUGGAGGCUGCGGCUAUGGAGGCUGCGGUUAUGGAGGCUGCGGCUACGGGGGCUGCGGCUACGGGGGCUGCGGCUACGGGGGCUGCGGCUACGGAGGCUGCGGCUAUGGAAGCUCUGGCUACAAAGGCUGUGGCUACAGAGGCUGCGGCUACGGAGGCUGUGGCUACAGAGGCCUGGGCUGUGGCUAUGGCUCCUGCUACGGCUGUGGCUCUGGCUGUGGCUACUACACAACCUCAACAACCAACACCAUGUGUGGAAGCUACUACGGAAACUCUUAUGGAGGCUGCGGCUACGGAGGCUGUGGCUAUGGAGGCUGCGGCUAUGGAGGCCUGGGCUGUGGCUAUGGCUCCUGCUAUGGCUGUGGCUUUCGCAGACUAGGCUGUGGCUAUGGCUUUGGUUCUGGCUGUGGCUAUUACUACUGA